AAUAAAUCUCUCCAAAGGCCUGCUCAAAUUAAUAUAUAUAUAUACACACACACACAUUGUUCUUAUGUUAUGGAUCGAAAUAGGCAUAUGUAUUCUAAGCAAAACAACAGCGGUACAGGGACACCGGGCACGCCAUCUUCGCCAAUGGCAUCACCAUCGCCAAUGCACCGCCAUGUGAGGGCAAGCUCGGCAACUGGCUUGGUCGGCACUUCUAAUAAUAGGAAAGCUCACAAUGCAAAAGCCGCUGCUCAAAGGCUUGCUCAUGUCAUGGCAAACCAAUCUGCCGAUGAGGACGAUGAUGAGGAUGAUCUUUUGUUUGAUUAUGGCUCAAUGAGUAGUAGUGGCACAGGAAGCCUCGGACUCGGCGGUGGAAGGGCCAUUCGACCACGCUCUCCUAUGACGGUUGUAUCAUCAGGUCCUAGAACAUCUCCAUCUCCCCUCAAUGUGGAGAAACUAUCAUCUAGGUUUAAUCAGUCAUGGAAUAAUGAAGAACAGGCUCAAUCAGCUUUUUCUGUUACACACAUCAGAUCACCAUCGCAGCAAAGUUAUUCUCACGAGCAGCCUAGCUCUGCUCGUUCUACAACAGCUAAUAGACCAUCUCUGCCUAGUCCCACUGACCAACAACAACAGCAACCUCCUUCUGCUCGCUCUCCAUUAGUGACUCGUCCUCAUUUAGGAAUCAAGACAGUUCCCAUGGUUCCGCCUAGUGUUCCUUUAUCGAUUAAGCCACUCUCUUCUUCAACUUCCCCAGAUGUUAACUUUGGUAGAGAUAAAAGGUUGUCAUUAGAUCUUGGGAGUAUGAACUUGAGAGAGCUUAGCAGUCAGCGCUCUUCUUCGGCUCUACAAGAUGAGCUUGAUAUGUUACAAGAAGAAAAUGACAGCUUACUCGAAAAGCUUCGACUUGCAGAAGAGAGGUGUGAAGAAGCUGAGGCAAGAGCUCGACAGUUGGAGAAACAGGUUGCUAAUCUUGGAGAAGGUGUGAGUUUAGAAGCCCGUCUUCUAAGCAGAAAGGAGGCUGCAUUGCAGCAAAGAGAGGCUGCAGUAAGGGUCGCAGAACAAACCGGUAAAAACGAUCUAAACAGCGAGGUGGCUGCACUUAGGAUGGAAGCUGAGACCGCGAGAGAUGAGGCAACAUCUGCUUUGGAAAAUCUCCAUGAAUCAGAAAACGAACUGAAAUCACUUAGAAUUACAACUCAAAGAAUGAUUUUGAACAAGGAAGAGAUGGAAGAGGUUGUUCUGAAGAGGUGUUGGCUUGCUCGUUACUGGGGCUUAUGUGUUCAGCAUGGUAUUCAUACUGAGAUUGCAAGUGCAAGAUAUGAAUAUUGGUCAUCCUUAGCCCCUCUCCCUGUUGAAGUUGUACUAUCUGCUGGUCAUAAAGCCAAGGAACAUAACGAGGAAAGAAAGAGUGAACCAAGAGACUUGAGUGAGUUCUCAGGGGAUGGAAACAUUGAGAACCUGCUCAUAGUUGAGAAAGGUCUAAGGGAAUUGGCUUCCUUGAAGGUAGGAGACGCAGUGGCUCUUGCAAUGGCUCAACAUCGACGCCCGGUCAAAUCAAGUGCUAAUGGAGUUGUAGAGGAGUUGAAGCUACCAUGUGAUGGUUAUUUUGAAGCAUUUGAAUUGAGCAAAGAGGAGUCAGACGAUGUACUUUUUAAACAGGCUUGGCUUACAUAUUUUUGGAGAAGAGCCAAAGACCAUGGAGUGGAACCAGAUAUAGCAGAAGAACGUUUACAAUAUUGGAUUGACCAUGAUACCAAGUCACCAACUUCACAAGAUGCUGUUGAUGUUGAGCGUGGGCUUAUGGAACUAAGAAAGUUAGGCAUUGAAACCCAAUUAUGGGAAGAGUCUCGCAAAGAACUUGAGCUGGAUACCAACCGCAAAAUCCAAAGUCAAUAUGAUUUCUAAUACAAACAAAAUCUCUUAUCUGAAAAAAAUGAAACCGCUUUUCAAUUUGUGUGAGUAAUUCAUAUAAUAUAUAUGAUUCAUAAGUUUGUAUUUAUUAUUUUUUUUGGGUGGAGCUGCCAAUUUAUGACAUUUACAUCCCUGUUUUAUUCAAGUGCAAAUGUGAACGUAAUUUAUGAAUGUGUUGGAAAGAGACGGUGAGAAACUAAAGAAUGGGAUGUGAAUUUUGACUAUAUUUUCUCAAUAGACCUUUUUGGCUCAAGUAUUCCAUUUUUAUUUAGGGAUUUUUUUUUAUUGAAAGGUAGAAAAUAAUGCCAAUAGUCAACCCUGCAGAAACAAAAAUAAAAAAGAAAGAAAACAAAGCAGGGUCUUAUUUGUUAAGGUUUAUAUAAAUACUAGAACUGGUGUUUUGAGGUGAGAACUCAACAUGGCUAUCUUUUGGAAUGAUGGUAAAUUGAGAUUGGGUUUAGAGAUUAGAGAGGUCCAGUUUAUCGAGCAAGAAGAAGAAGAAGAGGGUUUAAGAUCUUAUGAUCUUUUGUUAUUAAUGUUUUUGUUCCUGAUAAAUAGAUUUCAUUUGUUUGUUUUGAUACAAUUACGUUUUAUUUUGUUGAGAAAAAAUUAAGUUUUAUUUAUUUUUAUUUUUUUGUUAAUUUUUUGUUUUAAUUAAAUUUAUUUAAUCUGUUUUUUUUUCUUUUUAAGGAAAAUUUAAUCUGCUUUUAAUUUUACUAAUAAAUCAAAUAUUUUUAAAUUUUUUGGUCGUGGGUCUUUGAGGAUAUGAAAAAAACAUCUUUUAAAACGACAAUAUAUUGGAAACACGGCAAUAAAUUAUAAAACAACAAUAAACGGAAGAAAAAAAACGACAGCAUACUUAAAAACGACAACAACACGAUAAAACGAUAACAUAAUAAAAAACGAUAAUACAAUAAAAAACGACGAAAAACAAAUAAAACGACAGUAAAAUUAGAAAACGAUAAUAAAUUAAAA